UAUUUUGCAGAGCUCGUACCCGUGUAGUACCUGUAAAAAGGAAAUAGAUUUUAGCUAAGGGAAAAACAUUCGUCGAGUCCUGACUGCACAUGCUGCAUGUUGGCGUAAAACCUGUCACAAAGAUGGAGGAAGAGAAAGUAGACUCACAGCUCGGAGGUAGUGAUGCAGACGACCCAAUGAGCAUCUCUAAGACAGAAGAUCAUCAUCAUGGUGAUGAAAAUAAACAAGAUACCCCAAAUGGUCACAGUGACGAUCAUGAAAACCCAGAUGAUGAUGAUGAUGACGAUGAUAGCGACAUGCCUGAGCUGAUAGACUCAAAACCAAAAUCAGCGACAAACAUUGAAGAAAUCGGAAGAACGGAAGACGCAAAUAAGAAAACAUCUCCAGUAAAUGACAGUGACUCAGCGACUACAAAGCAGGAGGAUCCUGAAUGGAUGGAUGUGCUUGGUAACGGAGCGCUGAAGAAGAAACUGUUGAAGGCGGGCCAGGGGGCAGCCACUCGACCUCAGAGGGGUGAACUAGUGACCUUGAGAAGUAAAGGGGCAUUGGACGAUGGGUCAGAGGUCGAUUGUCAUGAGAGCAUCACCUUUGUUCUCGGAGAAGGAGACGUAGUGAGUGCAUGGGAGUUGUGUCUUUCUCUGAUGGAACUUGGUGAAGUUGCUGUCCUCAAGACAACUCCACGCUUUGCUUACGGUGAAAAUGGAAGGACACCAGACAUUCCGCCCAAUGCAGAUAUUACUUAUGAGCUGGAGUUGUUGAAAGUUGAAGAAGCUCCAGAUCUAGAGGAGAUGAGUGGAGUUGAUCUGUGCUCAGUGGCAGACAAGAAGAGGGAGCGAGGGAAUGAACUGUACUCCAGGAAAGAUUACUCUGGUGCCAUCAACUCAUACACAAUGGCACUGAAGCUUCUGGAGGGUGCUAUGGCUUCUGAGGAGGAAGCUUCAAGGAAAGCCGUAUCGGAACUGAAGAUUAAAUGUUUCAAUAACUUAGCAGCUGCCCAACUCAAGAUCGAUGCUUACGACCCAGCCCUGAAGUCUUGCACCAGCGUCUUGGACCUGGACUCUGAAAAUGUCAAAGCACUCUUCAGAAAAGGAAAGGUGCUGGCUUGUCUUGGUGAAUAUGAAGAUGCUGUGAAGACGAUGAAAGAAGCAUUAGCAAAGGAACCUUCAAAUAAGGUCAUUCAUCAAGAGUUAUCCCGCCUCACAAGCUCAGAGUCCAAACAGCGGCAGUCUGAGAGACAACUCUAUCAGCGUAUGGUGGGAGACAUGGCCAGUGUCACACAGGUCAACUCCAAAAAAUCCAUCAGUAUGUGGUUAGUGGUUACUUUGAGCAUCGUUGUUGUAAUUAUCGCCAUCGCAGCUGCAAUUUCCACCAAAAGUUUUGAGCUACUAACCUGGUGACCGUGACAAAGAGUGAACUCAUUCAAAGGACGUGAUUUGUACUCGGAAGUCGGCAAAGUGCAACAUUAAUCUUUAAAGAUGUUAAGAUUUAUUCAAAUUUGUUUUUAUUCUUUAAACUUAUUCACCUGUGAACAUAUAUGUUUUAGAUAAUGCACAAAUAAUUUUAAUUCAGCAAAACCUUGCCUCAUUCUUAGAAAGGGGAUGAAACAAAACGAAUGCUGAAAUAUUUAUCAGGAUAAAAUUUACUCCAUCAACUUGACUGACACGUUGCAUCAUUGUCACACGUGGCUACUGUCUACUACCCUUGCCAUUUUGGGAGUCAAAUUGCACUUGCAAAAUAAUGUUGAGCAUGUAAAUGCUAGCCCCCACUUUUGUGUCCCUUUAAACAAAAUACUUUUUAGAUCAAAUUUAAGUACAACAAAUGUAAAACACAUUGUUUUCUUGCAGAAUUGUACCUUUUUUUUGCAAGUCAUUUUUUCUAGGGUGUAUUGACUAAAGUCAUUGAUGGUGGUAUUUUGAUCUUAGAUAAGUUACAGAUUCAGCACAGUUUGUAUGUUUGUUUAUUUGUUAAUUUAGAUGGAUUUUCGGCAAACUCCCAUAAGGGGACAUAAACACCAAGCUGGCAACAGCCAUCCCUCUUCAAACAUUGGUUUAUGAUCUGAUUAUGAAUUGCAAAAAUCAA